CUGGUUUGCUCGCUGUUUGAUCUGUGGAGUUUGCGCAGCGUGAUGCUUAAGGCUGUAACCUCACAUUUUUAGCACAUAUUCCCUGUUUGUGGGUCGUGAAAGAAUGGCAAAAGCAAUUUUUGGUCACAUACAUUGCCCAGGUAACGACAAUGAUAUGGCGGAUGCGGCAGCAAGGCAGGCAGCAGCCCUUGAUCUGUUUAAGAGACAAUGCCUUUUAGCGGCUAGUGUGGAGGAAGUUGUUGGCAUUAGAGGCAGAGGACGAAACAAAUGUAAAUGGAGAGUGAGAUAUACCAGAAAUACGAAUACAGGAUAUCUCCAGAUGGAUGGCGAACAACUGGCGUUGGAUAUUAUGAAUAGGAAGCCGAACAAUACGGAGAUUGUUGAAAAAUUCAGAUGUCUAUAUCCCCCAUUCAUAGAACUAACUUACUCUUGCAGAUGUAGAUGCAAUGUAUCCCGAACAUCAAGUAUGCCAAUUAAAAGAUGUGAUUCUGUUGUUAAUUUAAAGGUGGAGGAGAAUUUGGCUAAUUUAAAGAAGGAGGAUCUCCAAGAAUAAGGGCUCAUUUCAUAAUCAAUUUACCAAUUGAUGCUUAGAAUGCUAUUAUGUGAAUUUAAUGUUAUAUGAACUAUUACAUCCUAGCCGUAAGUUAGUAAACAGAAAUGGACAGAAUUGGCUUUUUUUUGUAUGUAUAGAGUGACGUUAAUAUUCUAGGUACCUAAUACAAGUGUUAGGGUCAAUUUUUUAUUUCAGGGAACCUGUGGCUGUAAUUGAAUAAAUUGAAUAAAGAUAAAUAUUUGUUGAAAUAUGUAUUAGAUAUUCAUUUGUAUUGUAGAUUUUUUAAUUUAUACCGGGUGGGGCAUCGGUUACGCGCACUUGAUAAAUCGCAACUUCAAAUUAAUUAAAACUGGCG